AUGUGGGAGCUUCAGGCAGCAGCAUGGAGGAACACAGCACUUCCACGUCCUUCGGGCAGCCCCAUGUGUGCCCUGGCGAUGGCCAUUCUGCUCUCCACGCUGCUGGUCCCCUCACUCCUCCUGACCCAGGAGCACUGGGAUAAACAUCUUCCAACCGUGGAACAGAACUCCAGUCUAAAUGUGAAGUUUGACCCAAAGAUGACAAAAUUAACUUGGGACUGCCAGGAAAACGCUACCUAUGGGGAAUGUGUGUUGAUUCACAAGGAGAAAGGACAGAUUAAAAAAAAGGUCAAAGACAACGAAUGUCAGUGUACCUUUCAGGACUGUUCUCUCCAUGGGGGAGUCACGCUCACUGUCGAAGUAAAUAUCAACCAAAGACGAAUUUCAGAAACACUGGUCUACCUGAACCCAGGUGCGGAGGGCACAGCUGCCCAAAACUUCUCCUGUCUUAUCUACAAUGCAGAUUUCAUGAACUGCACCUGGGCCAAGGGCCAAGCAGCGCCCAAUGACGUUCAAUAUUUUUUGUAUAUAAGAGACUCAAAGAAAAAAAUCGAAAGAGAAUGUCCUUGUUACCUAAAAGACUCGGGAACCCAUGUGGGAUGUCACCUCCAAGACCUCUCAGGAUUAACUUCGUACAGUUACUUCCUGGUUAACGGUACCAGCCAAGAAACAGGAAUCCAGUUCUUCGAUUCGGUUUUGUUGUUAAAAGAAAUAGAGCAAUACAACCCACCCACCAAUAUCACCGUGCACUGCAACAAAUCACACUGCUUCAUCCGGUGGGAAAAGCCCAGGACCCGAAAAACACUGUCCAUCAGGGAGUUCCAGUACCAGCUGGACAUCCAGAGGCAGAGUAAUACCGGAAGCAGUAGAAAUCAACUGAUUGUGGUGUCUGGUGACUCGGGGAAUAAAUACAGCUUUCCGAGACCAGGGUUCAGAGCCAAACAUACCGUGAAGAUCAGGACGGCAGAUGCCCGGAAAGCCCACUGGGGUGCCUGGAGUCAGCCAGCUGAGUUUGGCUCUGUGGAACCAGAAUCCAGCCUGCUGCAUGUCUACCUGCUGGUGGUCCUGGGGACCCUCGUCUGUGGCUUGAUCGUCAGCUGCCUUUUCAAAAGGUUCCUAGGGACGCACAGGUUAUUCCCGCCAAUUCCACGGAUCAAAGAUAAAUUGAACGAUAACCAUCAAAUCGACCACGAGAUCCUCUGGGAGAAGUUUACACAUGAUGUGGGAAAAGGUGACAAGGAAGAGGUCUUAGCCGUGGAAGAAGUCACAGAAGCCCCAGCGAAUGCGUGA